AUGGAGAAUCUCAAGCUUAUUUCAUCUUUGAAAAGAGCUUUGAAAGUAGUAACAGAAAAUUUUUUGGGAAUAAAUGAGGUAAGAUAGAAAGAUUACAUCAAAAGUGAGACUUAAAAAACAAAGAAAUUUGAGAAGUCACCUUCACUGGCUGAAAUUUAUGAAUCUGAUGACAACUACCCCGGAAUUCAUUUGAGAUUAAAUGUUCCUGUGAAGAUUGAAGCCGGCAAAGAAGUUAUUAAAGAUAUUGAUUUUAUUAUGAGAGUGCAUCAGGACUCAAUUGAUAGUUAAACAUUCACUGAUUUAAAGAUGCUGCUGCCCAAAAAUUUUAAACUACAGAUAUAAGUUUUUGAGAAGUCAAUUAUGACCAAUAAAAAUUGGAUGAGUUAACUUGCUGAGCCAUAAACUUAAGAAUUAAGCUAAAUGAGGUAGUUCUAUCUCAAAUUGGUAGAUUAUGUAAAAGAGUUAUAUGAAUUUGAGAAUUAGAAGCUAGAAGAAAAGGAAAAUAAAUAGCCUAAUUAGAAAAAUGAUGAAGAUGAUUUUUGA